AUGUGGUCGGGAUCCAUAACCGGAUCAACCUGUCUUAUCAUAGCUAGCUGGGGUGAGACUGAAAAAGGAAUGGGAAUGGGAUGGAUGGUGAAGCUUCUUUUUCCAUCAGAGACAUCCGAUGCCUUCCUUCGUACCUUGAGCAAUCAUGUCAUAUCACAUCACAUCGUGUUGAAUGAGUGCAUUGACGUUCAUGAUCGAUCGAUCAAGGCAAGGCCGUGGCAAGCCGAGUGGGAGGGAGCACAGAAGAAACCCUUCACUGCCAACGAGACGGGACAUGGCACCGAAUUGGAUAGAUGUAAAGGUACCUAG